AUGACUUAUAUCUGCAAGACACGUUUGGGCUGGGUGGUCGCCGGCGGUACGUCGGGACAAAAUACCACAAAAACGGCGAGUUAUUUUACGAAUUUGGAAAGUCAAUUAAGCAAGUUUUGGACUAUCGAGGAAAUCGCGACGGACAAACCAAAAUCAAAUGAGGAGAUCGCAAUGGAAAUACGCUUUUUGAAUACAGUGCGUCGCGACAGUACCGGGCGUUACGUGGUUCGCUUACCGUUUCGCGAGGCAAAUCAGCGUCUCGGCGAAUCGCGAAAUAUCGCGCUCAAGCGUCUAACCUCGUUGGAACGUAAACUCAAUGCAAACGCGAUACUGAGAAGCGAAUAUACACAGGUCAUGGAGGAGUAUUUAAGAUUAGGUCAUAUGUCCGUAGUAGAAAUUUCUAACGAUGACGGAUUUUAUAUGCCCCACCAUGCCGUAAUCAAAGAGUCAAGCAAUACUACGAAAGUUCGAGUGGUAUUCGACGCGUCCGCGAAGACGAGCAGCGGCGUGGCUCUAAACGAUAUAUUGAUGGUGGGACCCACGAUUCAAGAUAAACUUUUUGCACACGUAAUUCGGUUUCGGACGUACAAGGUCGUGAUUACCGCGGACAUAGAAAAGAUGUACCGUCAGGUAUUGUUGCAUGAAGACGAUCGGCGGUAUCAGAGGAUUCUCUGGCGUAGGGACGGCGAUAUAACGACAUUUCAAUUAAACACGCUUACGUUCGGCGUGGCGUCCUCUCCGUUUCUAGCAAUUCGCACCAUACAAAACGCGGACGACGAAUGCAAUGCGUAUCCACGGGCGGCGGAAAUUCUCAAAGCGCAUCUUUAUGUAGACGACUUAUUAACCGGCGCGGAUAGUAUUGAAGAGGCUCGCGCGAUCCGAGAUGAAAUAAUCGAAUUAUUAGCUCGGGGAGGGUUUACGAUUAGACAAUGGGCUUCUAACGAGAAAAAUGUCAUCAAGGAUUUAGCAGACAGCGAAAUACAUGCGAAUUUUACGGUAGAGAUAGACCGCUCUUUGAAAACGUUAGGCAUAACAUGGAACACGCACACCGAUAAAAUAUGUUACUCAACCCAUCCGACUAAGAUUGCAGAAAGACUAACAAAGCGAAGCAUAUUAUCCGAAAUCGCGAAGAUUUUCGAUCCGUUAGGGUUGUUAGCACCGGUCGUUAUGUGCGCGAAGAAAUUGAUGCAAGACGUGUGGCGGUGCGGGGUGCACUGGGAUAAAUCCGUUCCGCAGAGAUUACAUUUAAUGAAUCAGGUCUCCUUCGAUCGCAGAUUACUGAUAGACGAUUAUAAGGGCAUUCAAGUUCACGGAUUCUGCGACGCUAGCAAGGUCGGCUACGGUGCAUGUCUAUACAUACGUUCAUACGGGAUACACAGGGAAAUGUCAUCAACAGACUGUUAUGCGCUAAAUCACGGGUCGCACCGUUAA